AUGCUGGAGGCAUUGAGAAGACGUGAUCCUGAUGCUGCAGAGAGAGUGUGUAUGUAUGGUGAUCAUCUACUGCAGUCGAAGUUCUUUAUUCCUAGAGAUAAUGGAUCCAUAUACGAUAUGUGCGAUUACUGCACACCUAAUAAUACGUUUUUGAUGGAUAACCUUUGUCCUAAUGGAGUGUGCCCAGCUGACGUGCUUUCAAAAACGAUUUCGUGUAUAAACGGCUUCCCUGGCUUUAAGAGCAGCGCUUUCAUGGAUAAUCUUGGAUCGCAGUACAUUAACCAAUUUCAUACAACAGUCGAAGAUAAAGCAGAUGUCAAUCGUGAUGUGUUCCAAGAUGUAAACACAUCAUUCUGGGUGCUUCUGGCUAUCUACUUCCCAGCUGUCACUGGGAUUUUCACUGGUGCUAAUAUGAGCGGAGAUUUGAAGAAUCCACAACAAUCAAUUCCCAAAGGCACGAUUGCUGCUACUUUAACGACGUCGUUCAUUUACUUCUCAUUGGCUUUCGUCUUUGGAGCGACAAUUGAUGGCAGUGUACUGAGAGACAAAAAUGGUCAGUCAAUGGGAGGCUCAAUGGUAGUGGCAUCUUUAUCUUGGCCUAGCGCUUGGGUUCUUCUGAUCGGUUCUUUCUUGUCCACGUUUGGGGCUGCUCUGCAAUGUCUUUGCUCAGCUCCUCGUCUUCUUCAGAGCAUCGCGAAGGAUGACGUCAUUCCCAUCCUUAGGCCCUUCAAGAAAGUCACGAAAAACAAUGAACCUUUCCUGGGUCUCAUUAUCACAACAGUAAUAGCAGAAUUGGCUAUCCUUAUGGGUGCUAUGGAUAGUAUUGCUGCGGUUGUAGACUUCUUCUUCUUGAUGUGCUACGCUUUUGUGAACAUCAUCUGCACGCUCCACUCUCUUCUCGGUGCACCGAACUGGCGUCCAAGAUUCAAAUAUUAUCACUGGUCUUUGUCACUUCUUGGUGCUGCUCUUUGCUUCUUCAUAAUGUUCUCGACUCAUUGGGACUACGCCCUUGUCUCCAUAUUCCUCUGCGUUUUGAUUUACAAAUACGUCGAAUGGAAGGGCGCAAAGAAGGAGUGGGGUGAUGGUAUUCGUGGUCUAGCUCUUACAACUGCCCAAUACUCUCUGAUGAAGAUAGAAGACAAGGACCCUCAUCCCAAAAACUGGCGCCCCCAACUUCUCCUACUUUUUUCGAUGCCUUGGUCAAAGGAAUUGGUCGAUGUGAGAUAUCUUAACCUUCUCAACUUAGCCUCUCAGCUCAAAGCUGGGAAGGGGCUCACCGUUGCUACUUCUUUCUUGAGAGGAAGCCUCAACAGUCCAGACGACAGAAAACGUGCGGAGCAGGUGCACAAAAUGCACACUGCUGUUCGGCUGAAUGAGCUGAUCAUCGAGCAUUCUCUCAACAGUCAGCUUGUCCUUUUGAAUUUGCCAAAACCACCGAGAGGGAAAGAAGGACUCGACGACUACAUUCAUUAUCUGGAAGUGUUAUCGGACAAGGUCAACCGAGUUAUUUUCGUACGCGGUACCGGAAAAGAAGUCAUAACAACCCACUCGUAG